UCGCCUCCAAGCCCCAAACUUGUUUCCGAUUGCGCCUCAUUCCCAAUCGGACAUGGGGUCGCUGCUUUUCCCUCCUUCCACCAGCACGCUCGACUCCUUGUUUUCUCCCAAUCCAAUACAAGUUCAUCCUCCUAUGUCUGAGGAUCUUGAAUCAAGAAAAAUUAUAGAUGAGAUUGACAAUCAAGAAGAUAUUGUACCGGCUAAUGAUGUUAGUCAUGGCAGUGGAGGGAGACCUUUUGUUGGAAUGCAAUUUCCUACGGAUGAUGAUGCUGUUAGGUUUUAUAAGGAAUAUGCUAUGAGAAUGGGAUUCAGCAUUCGAAAGGAAUCAGCCAAGAGAUCGAGGCCAGAUCAACCUAUUACUAGAAGAUAUUUGGUUUGUUACAGGGCGGCUUACAAAAGAAAGCCUGAGAAUGGAAGGGCCAAGAAACGUAUCCAUGAAAAUGAGGAAGGUUGUCAGGCUCGGAUGGCUAUUCAUUUGAAGGAUGGAGCAUGGAUCAUCAAGCAAUUCUUUGACGAGCAUAAUCAUGAGAUGGUUUCUUGUCCAAAGAGAUCAAGGAAAUUGGCGUCUCAUAAUAACAAGCAGCAUCUCCGACCAUCUGCUAGGGAGUUCACGGAUGAAUAUAGCCAAGCAAGAUGCAGUCCGUUGAAAACUGCAGGGGUUUUAAAUGCCUCGUCAAAAGAGAACGACAGGGUUACCCCCCUAGAGGCAUGGAAUCUUCGAAAAGCCUUGGAUGAGGUGUGUGAGAGAGCAAUCAAGGAUCGUGUUCUUUACAAUACUACUAUUGUAAUACUGGAGGACUUAAUGAAGAAACUUGGUAUCAUUGAGACGACUCGAGAUGGGCCUUCUGUGGAGCAGCAUGAGCAAGUUUCUAGCACUCAAGUCAUCUCGGAGGGUGUACCCUCAACUAAUUUAACAAUUUGGGAUCCAGAAAAGGCUAACAGCGAAGGAAGACCAAAGGAAUCUACGAGGAUUCCAUUGGUUGAAGAAGUCUUGCAAGCUGAAGCUCAAAAAAGGCCUAGGACUUGUGGUGUGUGCCAUGAUAAAGGUCACAACAGUAGGACUUGUCUAGUUGUUAAAGAAAGAGCAAAAGAAAAUGUAUAAUAUCCAAAUAAACACUUAAGUUUUUGGAGGGUUGGACCUGCUCUUUUGUGUUUUCUUUUUAAUUUUGAGCUCCUGAUUAGUCUUGUUAAAGUGUCUGUGAGCAGGAUAUCUACUGGAUAAGGUAAUAUUU